AUUAAAAUUAAGGAAGAGAGCCUAGCUUUUAAUACUAUACCUAUAGGUAAUAUUUUUAUAUCUAAUAUUAUGCCUUUUAAAAAGCCCUAUAAGAAGAUAUUUUUUCUUAAGAGAUCUUUUAAUAGCUAUCUUUGUCUUAAUGUCCUUGUUAAGAUAAGGACUAGCUGCCUUUAUCUAGGUAUAAACAAGGCUAAAUUUAUAAUCUAG